GUCUGAACUCAGCGGCAUUGGCCAGCAUGCAGGCCUCCGCGGAGGCCAACUCGCGGAAUAUAACGACCAUGGAAUGGCUCUACAAGAAGGAGCCCUUAUUCACGCUCGCCCACUUCUGGCAACAGAGAGCGACUUCGGCGGAGAAAGAAAUAGCCGCGCUAAAAGAACAGCUCGCCGCAACGAAUGACAACAAUUCCAAGACUGAGGGACACCAAUUGUCUCAGCCUCCGCAGGGAAGCGAUCAACAACAGGUACACGAUGCCAGCAAUCCCAGAAGGACGCCGAACAGCAACCUCGAGGAGUUGCAGGCCAAAGACAAAGAGAUCAACCAGUUGGUUGAGGAGGUGUCCAGGCUACAGCAGAGCCUGCAACGCCUUCAGGAGACAAGUGCGCAAGCAACGGCGCGGCUCGAAGAGGAACUUGAAGUGCGCAGGCAGCACAUUAACAGACUGGAGAGCAAAUUGGAACGGCAGAGGGACUAUGAUGACCUGAAGCGCGAAAUCAGUGUAUUGAGAUCAGUCGACCUCUCGCAAAUACCAACUGGCGAGCCUGGAAAAAGCUUGGAACAUCUUCUUAUGGAGCGCUUCAAGGCGCUCCAACAAGCUGAGAACCUGAAACCCUCCAAUACACCCGACGCACUCGGUGGAUUAUCGUCACCCCUGCAGCGCGCCUCGACCGCCUCGCCCCACGGGGUCGGAGGUGUGCCACCUACGUCCCAUGUGUCCUCCCAGCAACCACCGCCACCGCCUCCGACAGCAGCCUCCCUCCCUCCACGUUCCACCCCGACGCCUUCUUCGGCCACUUCGACGACUUCGAGCCUCCUCUUUCCGCCACCCCUCCAGAACGUCGAGACCUUCGGCUCGUUUCUCGGUGAAGAGAUCGUCGCCAAUUGGAGGCGGACAUUGGAAAGGUCUAUCAUGAGCCAACAGCAGCAACAGCAGCAGCAACAGCAGCAGCAGCCACCGCCACAGCAGCAAUCACAGCCAUCUCAAUUAAGCCAGUUAACUCAACAGCAACAACAAUUGCAACAAGCCCAACCGCACAUGGGUUUACACCCGCCAACAACGCCAAGUAGUUUAAAUCAUCUUCCAUCACCGGGCACGGAUCCAUCGUCCACCUCGAAUACUCCGGUGAAAUCGAAUACACCGAUCGGUACAACACCCCUGGGCAGUCUAGAUGUCACUGAGAAAGCACCAACGCCGGUAUCGGGACACGAGACGCCGGCACCUCCGACACCAUCCUCCACAACCGCCUUGACAUCGCCGCCGAGCUUCCAGCCACCGACGUCGAUGGUGGAAACUAGUACUCCUUCGGCUUCCAUCAAUGGCAGCGGUCUCACGCCCGGCGUACCGAGCGCACCACCCCCGAAGAGUCCGCCCGAUCAAGAAUCAUGUCACAAUAAUAACAAUAGCCAUCAUCUGGCGAAUAACAAUAUAGGCGGGCUGGGCGUCCUCGAUACCCUGAAGAGUCCGUUUCGGUUUGACGAUCGAACGUAUCCCUUCCGAUUCGGCGACGAGUUCGGUGCCGCCGGUAUGGCCGGUCGGCUGGGCGAGUCCCUCAUUCCAAAGGGCGAUCCCAUGGAGGCGAGACUGCAGGAGAUGUUGCGUCAUAAUAUGGACAAGUACGCCUCGCAGAAUCUUGACACUCUUCACAUAGCCAGGCGGGUGCGCGAACUGUUGUCGAUACACAAUAUCGGUCAGAGACUAUUCGCCAAAUACGUUCUUGGGCUAAGUCAAGGCACGGUCAGCGAGUUGCUUAGCAAGCCCAAACCUUGGGACAAGUUAACUGAAAAGGGCCGCGACAGUUAUCGGAAGAUGCACGGUUGGGCUUGCGACGAGAACGCCGUGCUGCUGCUCAAGUCCCUGAUCCCCAAGAAAGAGUAUGUUUCAGGCAAGGAGCAAGGAAUGCCAGCAUUCGCACGUGGACCACAGGAUGGUGGUCCACAGGAAAUGAAUGACGAAAGAUUGGCACAUAUUCUCUCGGAAUCGGGCCAUAUGCAAAUGCGAGGUGAGCACGAGGUAUCGAACGACGCUGACAGCAAGAGUCCGAGUAGACUCGGUUGCCCGAGUCCGUUCAACAAAGACAGAUUGGACAGCCAAAAUAGGAGACUGAAGAAGUACGAAAACGACGACAUUCCCCAGGAGAAGGUGGUAAGGAUUUACCAAGAAGAAUUGGCCAAGCUGAUGGGCACGAGAGUGGAAAAUCUUCGUCCGCGAGAGUUCCCUAGCGCGAUCUUUCCGCAUUUUUUCAGUGGUACCCAGGGCGGUCUUCAAGGCAUCGAGCGCACCCAGGAAGACAUUCGACUAGCAUUGGAUGCUUAUCACCGUGAGCUCCAAAAAUUGAAUACCGCACCAGGUCAGAAUCCCUCGAUGGCCGGAUUGCCGGGAUUGCCUGGACUACCAGGUUUGCUGGCACUUCAACAGCAAGCUCUUCAACAACACCACUUAGCCGCGAAUGGCGGCGGCGGUGUUCAGGACUUGAGUUUAGGCAAAGUGGAUCCGCGCAAUAAAAUGAUAAACGGUGUGUCGGAAGAAGAAAAAGAGAAGAUGGAAGAGGCGAUGAGACACGCCGGAAGUGCAUUCUCUUUAGUGAGGCCGAAGCAGGAAUCGACGGGUCCUCAAUCAACGCCCGGCGGUUCCAGCGCGAGUUCACCCCUUGGCAAUUCCAUACUUCCCCCCGCGAUGACACCCAACGAGGAAUUCUCUAGUGCAGCGGCAGCCAGCCCUCUUCAGAGAAUGGCCUCUAUCACGAACAGUCUGAUAAGUCAACCGUCCACCCCAACUCAUCAUUCGGCCAAUCAAAGACCGCUGAAAGCCGUGCUUCCUCCGAUUACCCAGCAGCAGUUCGACCUGUACAAUAAUCUUAACACGGAAGAUAUUGUAAAGAGGGUAAGCGCGAUUGUGAAGGAACAGCUGUCUCAGUAUUCGAUUUCACAGCGGCUAUUCGGCGAAUCAGUAUUGGGUCUAUCUCAGGGAUCAGUGUCAGACCUCCUCGCGCGUCCAAAACCAUGGCACAUGCUGACCCAAAAGGGUCGUGAGCCCUUUAUCCGGAUGAAGAUGUUCCUCGAAGAUGACAACGCGGUGCACAAGCUCGUCGCCAGCCAGUACAAGAUCGCACCGGAGAAGCUAAUGAGGACCGGCGGCUACGGCGGCCUGCCUCGUAAGUUUAACUCAGCUUGUGGAACACCUAUGAAACCUAUGCCGCCAACGAAACUCGUCCAAGAACAGCUUCAGAACGCAGCGAAGGCGCAGGCCGCCGCUCAAGCAGCUGCGCAAGCAGCGGCGCAACAGCAUCAGCAGGAGAGUCAGAUGCAGCUCGGCCCACCACAACAAAGUCCUCAGCAUCCGCAGCUUCCGCAGCAUCCUCAGCCACCACCACCGAUGAUGUUGACCCCGCCCGGACCUCAUCAUCCUCAUACUCAGCUCAGCAUGCAAGAACUUCAAAAGAAACAACAGCAGCAGCAGCAACAAAUGUCACUACACUCGCCGCAUCAUCAAAUGGCACCGUCGCCACUUCGAAGUCUUCAUCCGCACAUUUCACCAAGCGUAUACGAGAUGGCCGCCCUUACGCAGGAUCUCGACACACAGACAAUCACAACGAAGAUCAAGGAAGCGUUACUGGCUAACAACAUCGGCCAAAAGAUCUUUGGUGAAGCAGUUCUCGGUCUGUCGCAAGGCUCCGUCAGUGAGCUACUGAGCAAACCGAAACCAUGGCAUAUGCUCAGUAUAAAAGGUCGGGAGCCUUUCAUUAGAAUGCAACUUUGGCUGUCAGACGCACACAACGUCGACCGACUGCAGGCGUUGAAGAACGAACGACGAGAGGCGAACAAGAGACGACGUAGCAGCGGUCCCGGUCACGACAACAGUUCCGACACUUCGAGUAACGACACGGCCGAGUUCUAUCACGCGGCAUCACCUGGUCCGGGACCCACUACCGGGAAGAAGCAGCGCGUUCUUUUUUCGGAAGAACAGAAGGAAGCUCUCAGACUCGCAUUCGCCUUGGAUCCGUAUCCCAAUGUGGCCACCAUCGAAUUCCUUGCCGGUGAACUCGCCCUAUCUUCGAGGACGAUAACAAACUGGUUUCACAAUCAUCGAAUGAGACUGAAGCAACAGACGCCGCACGGUCAACCGGAGCCGCAAUCGCCACGAGAACCCGGUCAACCGUUCGACCCUGUUCAAUUCAGAUUGUUAUUGAACCAAAGACUGUUGGAGAUUCAAAAGGAGAGACUGGGUUUAGGAAAUGUACCUUUACCUUACUCUCCGUACUUUAAUCCUAACCUGGCGGCCCUGGUAGGUAAUGCAUUGAAGGAACAAUGUUCUGGCCUUGACCUCUCCAUGAAUGCUCUGAAGCGAGAGCCCAAUCAAGAAUUCGAGGACGAGGACGUCGAGGACGCGAUGAGUAAUCUAGGUAGCGAGGAUUCGGAAGGUUCGGCCGGCAGUAUAAAGAGGGAACCCACAGAAACACCGACGGCACCCACGACGGCCAGGUCCAAUAGAAGAAAACCCGCGGCACCACAAUGGGUGAAUCCAGAGUGGCAAGAACCAACGAGAACGGGCGACGAAGUUAUCAUCAAUGGCGUUUGCGUGAUGCAGACGGACGAUUACGGAGUAAAGAGAGAGGCCGAGGAAACUGUAAGAGUCGAGCCGACACCAGUGCAGGAUCGAUACGAAGAGGAUGCUCAGAGCGAUGUCUCUUCCGUGUCGGGCAACAAUGGGGCCGAUCGGGAUAGCCCGCUUCCUAGUCCAAAGUCUGGUCAGAACAGUCCAACGACGUCGCUCAGACCGCCGUCGGCGCAACAGACGCAACAGUCCACGGAAGAAAGUCCGAAGGACGUGGUGAAACACGAACCAGAGGAAACGUGGGAUUACUAGGACAAUUCGAGGCACAAAAUUCCAUGGGAUUACGCGCGAGCUCGAUGUUUUUUCUUCGGACAAAGUCGAAACUCGAGCGGAAUGUCCAACGUGUUUCCAGGGUCGUAUUGUUGAGAUAUGCCAAAACGCUUUGUAAGAAAAGACGUUCCGCAAGGAUCACCGAUCUAGUUAAGUUUUAAAUGAGAAAACCAGCUAUAGGACUCGAUCGUGCGAGUCCUGCCUACCACGAGGGCAUUAUCAUAGUGAGGCGAACGCAAAGAAUCUAGGAAGGUGUCAUCGGAGAGGAAACAAGAGGAUAUCUUGGUCGACGGACCAGCGCCAGGAGAACAAAACGAUCAAAACUGAACGGAGCUCAAUCAAAAGGACUCACAUUGACAUUUUCUAUGCGGCAAGUGUUACGAGAUCAGUGUCGGUGCGCGCGGGCCAAUGGCGAGAUCGUAUCAUUUAGAGGAACUGUGAAGUACAACGAGGCCGGCUGUGGAAGGACGACGGGCUCUCGUUGCAAUUCGCUCGAAAUUCGAGAGAACCCCGGCCGCUUUCGCUUUUGGAUGACACUCCCCCUCCCGAUGAUGGAUGAUUGAUGGGAUAUCAUUCCAGCGGAGGGGAGAGACUAGGAGCGGACUAGAUAAUGCACGGAAAACGGAGGUGGUCCGGGUUCGUCACAGUGCAAUCUCCCAGUAACUAAUUGUUAGAUCGAAUUAUUAUUAAUUUUUAAACGAAAAUUACGCGCGACGGAACGGCCGAUUAAUAAUUAUUGCAUAAUUGUGAUUCAUGUUAUUGUUUAUACUCGCCUCCCUAUAUCCCCCAUAGCGAUUAAGCUGUUAAUGUUGUAUACUCCUCUCUCUAUCUCCAGUUACGUACCUUUUUAUCUCUUUCGGUUAAGACUCGACGUUUUCCUCUCUCUUUUCCUACCUUUUGCUUACCCGUCUAUUUAUAAAACUGCGAGGAGAAUGAUCACUUAAGACCGUUACCAAUGUUAUUAUUAUCACUGCUAUUAUAUAUAAUUACAAAUUAUUAAUAUUAUUAUUAAAUAAUUAUAAUUAUCAUUAUUGAAUAAUCUCAGUUGACAAGAGCACUGUCAUCGAUUACUAUUUUUACGUUGAUAUGUUGAACGGCGUUGCAGAAUGUAAAAUACCAAAAAAGAAGUAAAUUUAUUCGUUCCACGAGAUGAUUAUUUAAACUUCCUUUUUCUAUUUGUUGGAAACUAUUAGCUGCGCUAAAAUAAUUGGUGAUGAAUAUAUCUUUGACGAUUAUUAUUUAAUAUUCUUUUGAUUAUUAUUAUUGUAUUAUAUUUAUAUUAUUGUAUUAUUAGGCUUAUGUUAUCAUUACUAUUAUUAUUUUCAUUAUUAUAUCAAUAAUCAUUAUUAUUUUAUUAUUAUUAGAAUCAUUGUCGUGACAACAAUGUGGCUUGUAAAGCCAAUGUGAUAGAGCUUAUAUUGCGAUGAUGCAUAAAGAGAAAGAGCGCGUGCGAGCAAAAGACGAACAGGCACGCCGAUUUCACAGAACGAGGCGAGAGAUUGCGCGAAUUUAUCGUGCGAUUUUUAGCAUAUGUAAAUAUCUCUGUACAAAGAUAAAGAAUGGAAGAAACUUCGGAAUACGAAAACAAAGAACUACAUACAUGCAUACAUACACACAUAUACAUAUACACAUACAGGUACACGCACGUAUAUAAACACAAUACGAUCUUGUAUAUUUACUUACUUACCACACUUAACUAUCUAAUAGCGUACGAAUAUAUCCACACGCAGACUAACAGCGGUACACAUUGAGCGACUGCACGCUGAAUUUUCACUUGUCGCGGACGGUAAGGAUGAAGUUGCGUAAUCAGUGACGAACGAUGAGAUAAGAGAAGAAAGAGAAUUGAGCCAUGUGUUUCAAUAACCACUCGUCGCGAUCCGUGAAAAUGCAGCGUUCGGUUUAUUAUAAGCGGCGCAAAAGGAGAACACGUAAUUAUGAGAAUUUGCCGUAAAUUAAUCGAUGCCUAGAGGGAGGGAAAAAUGCGCAGAAUAGAAGAUACUUCGAGGCGAUUCAGCGAGACAUUAAGAGCGAAAGGACGAGUGAACGAAUGAGUGAACAUGUGCGUGCGUGAUGAACUUCGUAAGAGAGAGAAAGAGAGACAGUCCUCGAAUUAUUACGAAUCAAACUAUAGUAUUUACCAGAAUAAAUUUUAAUCUUCAAUUAAAUUCUAGUCCGCAAUUAAAAAUAUAAAAAAAAAGGAAACAAACGUGAAUGAUAUUGCAUGACACGAGGCAGAGACGCAAGGAAUUCGUGCGAGACGAUCGCUUUAGAAGGGCAUUGCUAAACGAGAGACCAGUGAUCGAUGGAUUCUGUUUUUCCCCAUUCCCCAACCUUGAUUCUCGAUUCUUUUUAAAGUUUUUCAUGAAUCGUCACAACGGAAGUCGAUCGGACCGGAUUAUCGAAUGUACAUAUUGCUAUACUCAUGCGAUUACAUCUCGUAACUUAAUGACGCUGAUUCCGCCUGUCGACGAGUGAUCCUGAGUCUUACCGAGUAGCCUGACGAUCAACGAGAAUGUGAACGAUCGUGGCAGACGAGAUCACGACAAAGACAUCCGUAUUUCAUCGAUCGUCUAUAAGUCUACGAUAGUAAAAGCUCUGGAUGCGAGCAGGUUACGAUGAAGCAGGGAGAAAAAGAACAAACGUGCGAUCUCACAUCUUCGAAUACCAAACUAAAUUAUUUCGCUCGAGCAUUAGUCUAAUAUUCAUCCUUAUACGAUUUGUCAACUUGGGUUAACUGUACGACUGACGCGGCAUCCGCCAAUCGCAAAUCCGUAGAUAAUCGUCGAUUCUCACGACGGAGGAGUCGAACGCGAGCUUGUUUUCUUAGGAUUUAUUACAGGUACAACAAUAAUGCGACUCGUGUCGACGAUCGGAUUUUAGGCCGCAUUCGCGGCCGAAGCUCGACGGAUAGGCGCCUUACGAUUUAUUAUAUAUGUUAUACAUUAUGAUUGUUUCCCUGUUCUUCGUUCGCGGCGGACAAGUGUAACGCAUAGAUUCUUUGUAGAUACAGGAUAGCCGGUAGAUAGCCGAUUAGCUUUAAUUAUUUAAACAGUACAGCUUUUAUGUCGAGAGCAAAGAUCGACGACCGUCUAUGGUGUACGGCGGACAUGUAAUAUAACGUAACGAAUACACAAGGGCAUAAUUGCGUGCGGAUGCGUUAGCGUUAUCGACAACGGCGGGAAGGAGGGAAAUCAUAUCGUAAAACCUAAUAAUAUUUUACAACAAAAGGUAACUGUAGAUAGACAUUUAAAAGCUGUUGAGGCCCCCCCCCCAGGACGCGCGAGGGAGAGACGCGCGCGUGUACCGAAACCGCACGCGCGCGGGCAUACGAUCAAAAAAAAAAGAAAAAAAAAGAAGAGUAAACGAACCACGAAGGACACUGUCAUCCAGUAGUGAAAAUAAUGUAUUAAAAAAAAAACAAGAAGGUUUACCUAAAGUAAUAGUCUAUUGAUUUGUAUUUCAUUUCGAACUGUAUUAUAGCUUUAAAGAGUAUCCUGUACAUUGCAUAAACACACGAGCACUAUUGUUUUAAAUUGUACGUUUACGAUUAUUAUACGAAGAUAAAAAAGAAAUAAAUAAGGUAUACAAAAUAUUGAA